AUGUUUUUUAUUUAUUUAUUCGGAUCUAAAAAAAGAAUAAUGCUAUUUGUCUUAACCCUUUUACUUAUUGUCUUUUUCUUUUUAAUGGCAGAGUACGUUGUGAAAUAUAACUCGUAUAUAAUGCUGAGAUAUUUGCAAAACUCCGGACCGCAGAUUCUGUGCUGCAUUACCGGCCUGUUCGGUGUGUGUCAGAUGCGCAUGUUUCUUCUCAUCGCCCUUACCAUAUCUACAGUAGUAUCGAUUUGUCAAAAUAUCCUAAUAUUUCUCUGGUAUAUCGGGAUCUUUGGUGACAUAUCAAGACCAGUGCUGUCAGCAGGUUUACCGUACGCUCAUUCAUUCUUCUUAAAACACACACCAUUCUGCGGAUCUCGAUUUGAUCUCCAAAAGUCUAAAUGGAUGCAGUUACCAUGUGCACUACCGUACAAUCAAAUCGAGGCCGCACAAGCACUUUUGCACGUGAUACUAGCAGCUAUAACGCUGAUUUUGUCGGUGAUUGUGAUUCUGGAAAAGCGACGAGUAAAAAAAGAUCGGCCAAAGCUCCCACUACCGGCACAAUACGCUCAGAUUAAACGAAGCCCACAAUUAUUGGCUGUCGCUUCAUCAAUCAACGACAAUUGGUAUCAUGACAUAGGAUCAUAUGACGGCAGCAACGACCAAACACAUGGUAGACCUUCAAGCGGAACUCUCACUUCACUCGUGAGUUUCGAUCCAAAAAGCCGAACAUUGCUUCGGGUCCGCGAGCACCGCGACUCAGAUGAUGAUGACUCUGUCGGAUAUAGUCGCAUCGGAAAGGUCUUAAUAUUUGAAUUAAUGGAUGUUUCAAAAAAAACCGUAACGAAUAAGAUUGAUCUAGCUUUCACUAAAAAUAGAAUUUUCCAGGAUUCUGUACCAUCUAUAAUGGCGCCGAUUCUGAUUUCCGAUGAACUUGUCCGAGACGGAAGGCACUCAUCAUCACGAGAAGCAGGGCAAGGAAGGUGGUCUAACGCUGCGUUACCGGAAACACCUGGUAGAAGCCUCUUCAUCACCGACGAUCAGUUUCAGACGGCAGACUCUAACUAUAAGAGUAAUUUUCGAGUAGAGGCUAAGGAUCGUGGCAAAGCUAUCGGACACUAUCAUUCCGUGAGCGAGUUUCGACUGACAGCAGAGCCACCUACGUCUAACGUGCCGAUCAUCACGGGUACUGGAUUACUUGUAUAA